AUGUUAAAUGGUAACUUGUGCAAAAACCAUUCUUAAAUGGUUAUCUUUUAAAUAAAUAAAUGUGAAGUUUAAGAUGAUCAAAAUCUUUGUAUUUAAUGCCUAAUAACAAUGAAAUAAAAUUUAAUUUUAAUUGAUAAUGCAGAAUAAUAAUUAAUAAAAUUCAAGACAUCAUUAAUAAAUGAUAAAACUAAAGAAGUAUAAAAUAAUAUUGAAUAAUUGAUAAAUCUGAAAGAAAAUCUAUUGUUAUUAAAAUAGCAGAUUUAGACAUCAAUUGAUAAAUAUAUUGAUUUCAUUAUUUAAUAAAUCAAAAUGUUUUAGGAUUAUUAAACCAAGUAUAUUAAUGAAAUUUAAUGUCUAUAAACAAAAGAUAUUAGUUAAUUUAUAUAAUAAUAUUAAGAUAUUUAAAAAUCUUAAUUUAAUUUUAAAGAAAAUAAAUAGUUCUUUUUAAAACAUUUAAGCUUUAUAUCAAAUAAUUAAAAUUCUAUUAAAGAAUACUAAGAACUUGUAGAAAAAAUUAGAAUUGGAUUUCAAAUAUAUUCAAAUAAAUAAAUAAAUGAUUUAAAUUUGAUGAAUUCUAAUAUAUAAAAUUAAUAAAAUAUUAAUUUAAUAUGUUAAGAUCAUAUUGGUUAAUAAAUUAUAAUGGUAGAUAUAAAUUAAAAUUAAAAAGCAAAAAACAGAAUUAAUUGUGUUAAUUGUAUUGCAUAAUAUCCCACAAAUUAUAUAACAAUGAAAUAAUUUGAAUAAAUUCUAUUUAAUUUCUAAAUGUAAUUGUUGAAUUAAUAUAAUGAAUAUAAAUUAAAAAUCUUAAAUAAAAAAUAAGAAUUAAAUAAAUUAAGUAUAGAUUUCAAAUAAAAUGUAUCUAAUUUUCUUAACUUUAAGAUUAACUAAAUAGAUAAAAAUACAGAAAUAUUUUUUAAUAAUAUUUCCUAUUAAAAUAAACUAAAAUAACUUAAUUGGUCUACAUUAUCAAUAAUAGAAGUAAAUUAAAUUGCAGAUGAUAUAAGUCACUCUAAUUAUAUCAAUAAAUAAUAAGAAUUAAUAAAAACUGAAUUUGAUAAAUGGAAUGAAGAUUUUAAUAUAGAAUUUUAAGAAUUAUUCAUAAAAAAUAAUGAAUUUGAUAAUAUGAUUUAACAAAUUAAUAACAAAUGUAUUAAGAAAUCUAAAACAUCAUAACUUAAAUUAGAAGUAUCAUAUGGGUAAAUUUAAAUAUUUUAAAGACUUUAAAGAUAAUAAAAAGUUUAAUAAAAUAUUUAAUCAUUUAAAUAUACUAAAUUAGAUAAGCUUUCUAUUUAAUAAAGUGAAUAUUGUUAUGCAAUUGCAAUAAAUUCAGAUUGUUCAUUAAUUGCAGCUGGUUCUAAUUCAUUAAUUAAUAUCUUUGAAUUAAAGUAAGAAACAAACAAAUUAUUAUAAAUCUUAAAUGAACAUCAAAAUGCUAUAUUCACUUUAAAUUUCAUGAAUAAAUCUAAUUCAAUUAUAUCUGGUAGUUGUGAUUAAUCAAUUAAAAUAUGGAAUAGAAAUUAAUAAUUAUAAUGGUAUUGUUAAUAAACACUUUAAGGUCAUUCAAGUUUUAUAUAUUGUUUAAUUUUGAAUCAAAAUUAAGAUUUAAUUAUAUCAGGUAGUGAUGAUACUACAAUAAAAUUUUGGAUUAAUAAAAAUGGAUGGAAUUGUUCAUAAACAAUAGCAGUUCAUACUAGUAAUGUAUCAGGAUUGAGUUUGAAUAAUACUUAAAAAUAAUUAAUUUCAUGUGGUGAUGAUAAAUCAAUUUUAAUUAUAGAAAAUUCAGAUUCAAUUUAAUGUAAAUGGAAUGUAAUUUAAUAAAUAAGAUUGGAAUAAUCUGGAUAUAGAUUAUGUUUUUUAAAUGAUAAUAUAUUUGCAUUUUAACCAAAUUCAUCAAAAUCUAUGUAUUUAUAUGAAGUAGAUAAUAUAACUAGAAGGUAUACUAAAAUAAAGAAUAUAGAAGUAAAGAAUGGAAAUAAUUGUAAUUAUCUAUUUCCUUAAUAAUAUAUUUAGAAAAAGUAAUUACUUAUAAAUAAAAAUGGAACUUCAAUUAAUUUUUUGAAUGUGUAAUUAAAUGAUGAAAUUAAUUUAAUAUAAUUUAUAGAUUUUGGUACUAAAAGUAUAUUUGGUUAAAUUAGUGAAACAGGAGAAUUGCUAAUAACAUGGGAUGAUAAAUCUAAAGAAAUAUAGAUUAGAAAAUUAGAUUAUUAAUAAUAAUGA